CCAUUGGUGACACAAAUAUUUUGACAGCUUGUUUGGCAAUUUCAUUUUAAUUGCAAAUUCUGCUAAUAAUGCGGAAUUCGUUCCUAUUUAAUUAAUUUUCAAUUUAAACCUUAACUUAUCGCUUUACUAUAAUCCUACCUACGACACAUUCCUAGACAUUUCCAUCGAAUUCACCUUCGAAUCUAUAAGCACUAGAAAGUCUCUUUUCCGGUUUGAAAACCCACAUUUACGGCUAAUUUUGGCGUGUUAGUGUUUGUGUACAGAAUACCAAGCUUGUUUCGCGUGACCGAGCGUAUUUUCACGAUAAUUGGGCCGCAAACGCCGUAAAUUUCACUAAAUUCUCAAGGUAACCCAGUUGGCAGCAGGAUGAAUAGCUUCCUAUCACCGCGUAUGAUGGUCGGAGCGGCUAUAGUCGGCCUCGUCGGGGCCGCCGGAGUGUUCAUUUACGAACAAGUAUACAACGAGAAGAGGAGGGCGAUGCUGGUGAGUGAGAUGGCCCGCUUAGACAAGCAAGUCUCCUCCAUGAGAACAGAACUGGAGGCUUUGAGGGAACUGCAAAAGGAAAAUCAGCUGCGGCAGAAACAGAGGCGGCGUCCGCGGCCCAAACCCGCCGCUAAGCCAGCAGCAGAAGGCGAUGUGGUUGACGCCAGGGAACAGAGCUACGCCUCAGAUUCAGAGUACUUCACUGACUACCAGUCCGUGUUAGGCACAGACCAUGAGUUAGACAGCGAAGAGUUCUAUGACGUGCACACAGAUGAUGAUGAUGAUACGCUGCGGGAGAGUCUGCGCAACGGACAUGCGCACGAACUCGAUGACGACGCGUCAGAGAAGUCGGACGGACGGCCGGCGGAAACGGCCUCCAACGCGUCCACCGCCACGUUAAGAGACAAGACGCCGAGGGUUAAUUAGAAAUAUAUUUGCCAUAUUUGGGACGACACCACCGUAGAUACUAGAUGACAUCGUGAAGCCGAUACUCGAAUAUACUCAAGUUACAAGUUAACCAAUAAGGGCCACUUGUACCAUCCCACUAACCCGGGGUUAAGUGGUUAAUUCGUUAAUCCAGUGUCAUAUUGUACUGGUAACCAUGGUAAGUCUAGGUUUAACCGGUUAACCCCGGGUUAAUGGAAUGGUGCAAGUGGCGGUAUGAAUGUAAAUUGGACCUUAUGCUAGUUGACAUAAGGCAUUGUUUAUAUUGGUUAGAGUGUAGUCGAAAAUGUUGACAAAUAUUAAUAGUAAUUAUGGACAAAUGAAAUAAUUAUACUAAGUAGAAAGGGGUCAUCCAUUAA